AUGAGACAAAUAAUACGUAUCGUGUUCUUAUUAUUUCUGGUCAAUGCUGCUUUUGGACGGAUUAUGAAGAAGUGGAAGUGCCCGGAAGUGCGCGCUGUUCCACAUUUUGAUUUAUCACAAAUGUUAGGCGAUUGGUUCGUGGUGGAAUACUAUGCGAGUGCUGAAGAAGCACUGUCAUACAGCUGUAUGAGAGCCGUGUUUACGCAGGAUGAUCAUGUGCAAGCUGAAGAUGGAACAAUAGAGUGGACUCCCGGCGUUACAAUGAAUUUUACCUACCGCUUCGCUGACGACCCCAUUGGAGAAAAUUUGUUUGGGAAUAUCACCUGGAAGGUUGAUUUGAAUGAGCCCGCACAUUGGACACAUUCAGAACAAACCUAUGACGGUAUUUACAAUACGUACGUGCUAGACACAGAAUAUAAGACGUGGGCACUCCUGCUGCAUUGUGCUGAGCAAAGAGAGGGCGCGCGUUACUUGACCGCUUUCGUGCUUUCUAGGACUACGGCUCUGCCCAAAAACGUUAUGGCCUACUUGAGAGAUAAGCUACCGAGAUAUGAUGUAGACAUCAACUACGUGUUCCCAAUUCCCCAUGAGAACUGUUCGGAUAAGCCAGCACGUCCUGAUGAUUCUCCCGUGCUGGUGGAAGUGGGAAGCAAAGUUCCUAUGAGACCUAAUAUCAGUUAUAAGAUCUCCUACGAUACUAAUUAA